AUGAAUUUCACGAGGAAGCAAACAUAUGAGUGCUACCUUUGGGAAGGCCAGGUCGUAUCCAAGCCGCGCAACCUACCAGCACUGUCCCCCACGCAUGCGCGAGUGCCGGACGAGGGAACGCUUCCGAUCGAACUCACGAUCACGCAGAGGCCGUCGCAGGUAUACCCCUACAUACCAAUGUGUCUACGAGACAUGGACGACGUGAAGGACCCCAUCCUUGGCACGCUAUCGCUUCUGCCGACUGCCAUUGUUGGCGUUAACGGUAGCAUGCAGCUCGCGAACGACAUUAUCGUGCAGUGGAUUGACUUGGAGUUCCGGCUGAUAGCCAUUCGCGAUGCUCUCCUCAAGCACAGCGCGGAUGGGACUAGGCCUCUGCAGUACAGGUCCUGCCGUCUUCCGACAUCGUGCGGGUACCGCUGCAAGUUCCGCACGCGCAACGCUGUGUGGAAGGUUGCUGCGCAUACCAGGGACGCUUUCGCCAUUCUCAUCGGCGAGUGUUAUUACUUGGCUAUCAUGAAUCCGUGCGUGUUGGACAACAGCGGCUACAUUCACGAGGGCACUUUUCGCGAAAUGCUCAUAAACAGCGAUAUCGAUAUUCAUCCCGCCUGGGUCUCCCACUUCGUCAGCGUCGUUCUUCGCAAACCUGUCGCAGGUGUAUUAGCUUCGAUGUUGGACUUCGAGCACUGCUUCUGGCUCGCGAGGCUUAUCCACGUCGCUCCUGUUUACAUCUGGUGGGGCACCCUGGAGACGACUAUGAAGGUGGUUGACGGUGAUCGCCGUCUACCUGCAGUCCUACGGAAGUUCGUGCCGUCUGCAGAAGACGUCAAGCGCCUAUCUGAUGGGUCUGCACACGAGGUGCAAAAGGACGCCGGCCCACCCACUUCGCAGGGUCACUUCGAGACAUACGACGCUUUCAUCCGUCGUAGAAGGGAAUGGUACGAGCGUACUGCUCGCUUCGUUCUUCCUAGUCGCGGACAUGUCGGCAUCAUCCAGGCGUUCGAAUGGAUCCAGGAUAGCACUGGCGCAAUGAGGAGGGAGCCCGUGCCUGCGCAUCUCUUCCACGCUGCGAUGAAUUGGUACGAAGACACGGAGAAGAUGUUCGACCAUACGCGGUCGGAAUGGGAUCUCUGCUGGCACCAGUACCAGACAAAGGUGGAGAUGUUUUCUACGACGAUAGGCGUGGUUCAUCACGAGAGCGAGGGGGGGGGAGAGGACCUGCGGUUGCCUGAUAGGAUGCUUCCGGACAUGGAGUCACUUGGUUUGACGGAGGAGCACCAGCGCAGCCGUUUGUGCUGGACGGCGAACGCGUUAGUGCGUAUCUCAGUCGAUAUCGAGGUCGCCCUUGCGAUGCGGUACGGGUAUAGGACAUUCAUGGAUGUCAACGGUCCGCAAGUGACGCAGCCGAACACAAGUUGA